AUGGAGCCACUUGGAGUAACAGCGAACAUUAUCGCUAUCGUCGACCUGUCUGCGAAGAUCGCUUCGCUCUGCGUUCAGUACUCCCUCGCCGUCAAGGAUGCCAAAAACGAUAUCGAACGCCUCCGAGGGGAGGUCAACAGCGUCGCCGAUGUGCUUCGAGAAGUCGAGCGGCUGCUUCAUAGGCCGGACAGCGCGCAGCUCUCGGCUUCCCAGAAGCUGCGCGAUGCGCUCAAGGAUUGCUUCACACAGCUGAUAGAGCUGAAGAAGGGACUGGAUCCGGGGAAGACACGCAAGGCUAUGAGCCGGUUCGGUGUUCGAGCUUUGAAGUGGCCCUUCGAGAGCAAGGAGGUGGAUAAGGUCGUGAGGAAUCUCGAAAGAUGCAAGCAGACAGUCUCUCUAGCUCUGCAAGUCGACCAAACUGCGCUCAUUCUCGGCAUCGACCAGAACGGUCAGGGCUCUCAGACCAGACGCGGAGCCAGCGGCUAUUCUCCGGUCGCCCAUAUCGCCUCAAACUUCCAACUUCGCAGAUACGCCGCCAUUGUAUGA